AUGUUCUCUCAUCCAUUAGAGCAAGCAAUAACAUCGAUAAUAGCUUCUGACAUAUUUCUAGAAGCGAUAACUUGUGCAAGCGAUGAGACAUUUCAAAAAAGUUCCUUCAUUUCCAAGAAACUAUCGCAUGAAACCGGAUCAGAAAUACGAACUAUGAAGAAAAUUCCAUCCGGUAUGAAGAAACCAGGAUUGUAUCCUGCUACUCGUACACAACUACGAAAUCAUAUCGUUGUGCGCCAAUAUGUAUUACCAAAACAGUUAUCGAGUAUAAUUGAAGUACAUCCAAAGGAUAAGCCUAAAAUUGAAUUAAAAUUCGAAUGA